CAGCAUCAAGUGAUGGUUUCCCAAGUAGGUUCCAGACAACUGCAAACUUAAGAACAUCUGGCACCCUGUCUUCCCAAAGGGAGGUAUUGACAACCCUGCCAGCAGUGACCCCAGUCUCCCACAACUGGCGUUUACAGGCCAGGAUAGUCAAGGGUCCAGUCUCCAACUGCUUGCCCUCAACCUUGGAAGCAUAUCUUCUCCAUCAGUGGCAAUUUAAAAUGAUCCAUUAUAAAUGAGGAAGCUUGGUCUUGUCCUAAUCGUGAACUCUCCUGGCAGCCACCACUUUGCUGCAAAGUUAACCUGGACACUAAUGACUUUUUUUGUCUGCAAAGUAGGUGGCAAAUUUGUCACAGCAGGUGGGCGAUAUGGAUGAUGAGGGAACAACCACUCUAGUUUACAUUGGAUAUACUGCAUUUGUCUUUCUGGCAGAAGUGAUUUGUGGUAUGUCAGGUGCAAUUUGGUAGCCAGGCCAAAAAGAUUUGUGUUCUGAAAAUAGAAGUUUCAACACCACAUAACAUUCAAGGAAUGAAGAUUUCUUAGAUUUCUGGAAAAUCUUGAUACAGACAGCAAAAGGGAAAGAAUUAGUGAGAAGGGAGCCUGAGUGUAUAAAACCAAAGAAGCAGAUGGAUCGCAUUUUUAUUCCAAGAGGGGAAAGAGAGCUAGAAGCUGUCCAACUCAAGCUAGCAACAAAAAAACUGCAGAACUGCCUGUCUCUAGGCAGUACUUCUCAAAAUUGUUGGAGUAAAGGCACCACUCUUAACAUUUGGAAAUUGUGGCACCCAAUCUCAAAUACAAAUUUAUAUAUUAUAGGGCUUACCUCCUUGCUGAGGGGCUGAGAAAUGGGGGUGGAGGAUUGGCCAGGCAGGGACAAGCUUAACCCUGCAUUAAUUUGCUUAUCUCUUCACACCUCACAGAAACCCUUCAAAGGAUCUGGUAGCACCCCAAGAUACUGUGGCACCCUGGUUGAGAAUCACUGCUCUAGGGCAAUGAAAUAAAAAACUAUAGGGGAUUUAUCUCAUGGUAUCUUAAUAGUGUGAAGCAAGCAACUUCUAAAUGCAGUUGUCAUUGGUAACUCCCAACUGAGAAGAUUAGACCAAGCAAAGGAUAUAAAGACACCUGGGCAGUGCUGUCUCUCUGGAGCUAAAUUACUGAAUACUUGCUGAAGAGCUUUCUCAAUCCUCACUCAAUUACUGUAGUGAUGUGCAGUGGCAGAACAACCUGGUGUCAUGUGGAACUAAGUAGAUUUCUUUUUUUUUUUUUUUUUAAAUAUGUCAGGGAUCUUGGAAGGGAACAGGGAUCUUCCUGGUACUGUACAUGCAAGAGUACAAAAUGGGGGAGAUGAAGAAGACUUAUCUGUAUGACUGUCUUCAUAGCGAAAGUACUGAAGAAACUCUUUCCUGCUGUUCCCUCCACUUCUUCUCAUAGCCAUGUUCCAAGAGAAGAACAAAAGACAGCUUUAAGGAAUCCAGCCUCCGACACAGGACAGAGGGAUUCUAAGAGUAUCCAGUCAUCAUCAGAGCAUGCCAAUACACCAGGUGAUGAUAAUGAGAUCCUUCCUCCAAGAAAGCUAUACACAGUGAGCCUGCCUCCUGAGGGCUACAUCCCAGUUAGUCCAAACACUAUUAAUGACCCAGAUUCUGAAAGCUCUGAGAGUAAUAAGAAUACAGCAGAGGAGGAUUAUCAAGGACAACCCAAACGAAAGCGCACUCGAAGAAAGAAGCAAAAGAACACUUUGCAAAAUCCUGGUAAUUUACAUGGAGAACAAACAGAAUUGGAGAAGCAUGGGACUCUGUUUCAAGAUAAUUUACAGCUGCAGCAGACAGACAGCCCCAGAAUAAGCAAAAACAAAAAAAGGAAAAUGAAAAAGAAACGGCAAAAAGAAAAAAUGAGAGCAGGUGGCUUGCUAACAAAAAACACUUGUGUGGAUUUUACAUACCAGCCUGACAAAAGCAACAGUGAUGGAGGAGUAGACUUUGAAGACAUAGAUGAAAAAGCAGAUGGUAUUCUGGACUUCUUGCAAGCAACAAGAGAAAUAUAUUUCACUGACACUAAAUCAAAACAUACAGAUUCAGAUGUGAGUCCAGCAACCAUCGAAGAGAUUUUACAACACCUUGAAUCUCGCAGUAUGGCUUCCUCGGACGUGAUGCUUCUACAUCAGAUUAAGUCCUUUGUACUUUUGCAAGAUAUUGAGAGAUUGAAAGGUGCUUUGGAACAGAUCCAAGAACAUUCAGUGAUGCCUUCUGAGCAUGCCAGGAUAAUCUCUUCUCUGUUUCACUACUGGAUUACAGAUAUUCUUCCUGUGAAGAACCAGAAAUAAAGCAUGUGUGUGUAACCAUCUGUGCAGAGUUAAAAUGUAAUAUAUGAGCCCUUAGUUGGUCAACAAAUGUUCAGAAAUGGCAGGGUCAGUAUACACACUGUAUGUUCACCAAGGUAAAUAAGCUAUUUUAUAUAUCAUUGACUUGUUCCAAAAGAUAAUCACCACAAUAAAAAUACUUUCAAUGUGA